CCAUGGUAAAGCUCCUUCUUUGGGAGGAGGAACCGUACGGCACUUCCGCCUAGAAUGCAGGCUGUCGGCGUGCUGUUGGCAUGAAGGAAUGGGCUCCUCUGGUCUAGCGCGGCUGCACGGGCUCUUCGCGGCCUACAAGCCCCCGGGGUUAAAGUGGGAGCACCUGCGGGACACGGUGGAGCUGCAGCUUCUGAGGGGUCUCAAUGCUGGGAAGCCCCCUGCGCCCCAACAGCGUGUGCGCUUCUUGCUGGGCCCCACGGAGGGCAGUGAAGACAAGGAGCUGACCCUCACGGCCACCAGCGUGCCCACCCUCACCAGGCAUCCACUGGUCUGUGGACCAGCAUUUACCAGCCUAAAGAUUGGAGUGGGACACCGGCUGGAUGCCCGGGCUUCUGGCGUGCUGGUGCUCGGCGUGGGACACGGAUGCCGGCUGCUUACUGACAUGCACGAUGCCCAUCUCACCAAGGAUUACACCCUGCGUGGCCUGCUGGGCAAAGCCACCGACGACUUCUGUGAGGAUGGGCGGUUGGUGGAGAAGACGACGUAUGACCAUGUGACGAGAGAGAAGCUAGACCGGAUCCUGGCCGUGAUCCAAGGCUCCCAUCAGAAGGCCCUGGUGAUGUACUCCAACCUGGACCUGCAGUCCCAGGAGGCCUACGAGAUGGCCGUGAGCGGCACAAUCCGGCCCAUGAGCAAGUCUCCGAUGCUCAUCAGUGGCAUCCGCUGCCUCCACUUCGCACCUCCAGAAUUCCUCCUGGAGGUGCAGUGCAUGCACGAGACGCAGCAGCACUUGCGAAAGCUGGUGCACGAGAUCGGCCUGGAGCUCAAGACCACCGCCGUCUGCUCGCAAGUGAGGCGCACGCGGGAUGGCUUCUUUGCGCUGGAUGAUGCCCUCCUGCGGUCCCAAUGGAACCUCCGCAGCAUCCAGGCGGCCAUUAAUGCCGCGGCCCCCCGGGUGGCAGCAGAGCUGGAGAAGAACCAGAGAUGGUCAGCAUAGGGUACCCAGCCGCUCCCCAGUCUAGGCCAGCCAGGGGACUCCGGGGGCCUGAGCUCGGCCUCAGAGCAGGAGAGCUGUGUGGGGCACCAGGUGGAUGAAGGCUCAGCGCUCCUGAGGCGGAACUGAUGACUGGGGAAAGUGAGUCUGCUGGGAGCUUUUCCACAUGACCCCAAGCUGAGAAGCUCUGAGCUGGCUGCCCUGGGCCCAGGUGAAAAAGGGAAGACUUGACUGUGGAGAUGACGACAAAUAAUGACACGGCUUUAGGCAGUAAGCGCAGUGUCCUUAGGAACUCGGACACUGGCUAUAGGAAAUGCUGUUAGGAAGCAGUAAGAGAUACAUGACCCAAAACACCGGGCAGAUUUGACCCAUGCGAUGUCCAAAAGUUCCAGAUGGCCGGAUGUGACGCUCAGCCUCUCUGAAGAGGUGGAAGGAAAUGAGGUGACUUCACCUGCCAGCCAGAGUGGGGGAAGGAAUAAAAG